AUGCCAGAAUCCAGGGUCGCCCUCUUUCUCGGAGUUGACAUUUCCAUCACCGUUCUAGCCUUAUCCGUCGUCGUGCUAAGAGUCUGGCAUCGAUGGUCGCAAAGCCGGCUCACAAUUUCAGAUUACCUCGUCAGCACGGCUAUGCUAGCUGCCGUCAUACAUCUGAUUCUUGAUAUUACCAUCACGGCUGCAUUUGGCUAUGGCCGCCACCAAAGGGAUCUCCCGCCAGAUCUCCAAGGGUCCUACAAGACCAACCUCCAGCAGAUGUUCUGGCUCAUCCAAAUCUUCACCAAACUUCCACUACUGUUCAGUAAACUCUCCCUAACGUUUGUCUAUCGCGACCUCAUGAUCCUCGUCGAUCACCCCCUCGUCAAAUUCUCUCGUGCUGUCAACUAUACCCUCAUGGUGGUUCUCGCGGGUUUCUUUACAGCUGCUACGCUCGUGAGCAUGUUCGCCUGCGACCCGGUAUAUAAGAGUUGGCUACCCAAGGUCCCGGGGCACUGCAUUGAUACGACAGUCAUGUUCAACUAUGUUACGGGCUCCGUCAACGUGUCCACUAGUAUAUGCCUGAUUUGCAUACCGUUACCAGUGUUAUAUCUGGCCAAGAACAAGCGUAUUGAGGUGAAGCAACUGACUGCUCUGAUCCUCUUUGUCCGCCUCUACAUGAUUACCGAUCUCUACAACGUCAAAACAGACUUCACUUGGCUAAUCAUCCCGACACAUAUCAUGAUCGUCGUCGAAAUGAAUAUCACCAUCAUUGCUGCCUCCUUGGUUGUCAUGCGUCCUUGCUUUCAAGCCAUUUUCGACAUCGCAUUUCCGACAUCCCUCUAUGCUAGUCACAAUACAUCCAGCCGUGGAGAAUCUACCUACCACAGCAGGAGAUCGGACGGAUACAUCAUGAGUCUAGAUGACAACGAUGGCGCAGUCCAGCGCGAAGAGUCCAUUGGUAAGCGUGGAACUGGGGAAAGAAUAUUAAAGACAGUAGACAUCGAAUUGGCGAGUAAGGAUGCGAGCACGGAGGACAUACUUAAAGGUGAGAUAUUUUCUUGGGUCUGGAAAAUGUCGGCUGCGUCGUUUAUAUACUGGUUUACUUACCUUGUGUACUAG